UAUUGACCUAUAGGGUUGUCACUUGCCUUUUGCAAGCAGCGAGGCGGUGAAGAGCGGCAGAACCAUGACUCGGUGUUGGCGGUAGAGCUCGAGGAUUAAUUGAAGCUCGUAACUUCCCGAGUUCCAUUAAACUGCCGGCUCAACGGUCAACCACAGGUGCACCGCGGCAAUGCCGCACCUCGAUCCCAGAGACUGCCGCAAUUCUCGCUCUUGAAGCCUGCUAUCAAUUCAGCGCAGCCAUGACCAUCACUAGCAUUACGCUGCCGUGCGCCGUGCUUCGCAAUCUCCCCGUUGUGCAGCCCACGGUUGGGGGGUAAAUCGCGGUCAUGUCAGCCGCGUCGCUCCUCUUUUCCAUCGUUUAUAACUUCCUCUACUACUUCCUUUACCUAAUCCUAUUUGCAUUCAUCGUUGUUACGCCUAUUGAUGUGAUCCUGCAAGCCGUGCGGAGCCGUCGAAACUACGACAUCCUCGUCAUCACCGUCUGCUACGUCGCGACGAUUCUGGUCGUGGCUUUCAUCUAUGCCACCCGUCUCUACAUUAGCCGCUCCGUGCUUGCAUCCAUACCAAAGCAAUGGAUUCCCAUCGAGAAAGGCGAUGUUCCGCGUGACGUGCGUCGGAUGAUCGUGGAGGGCCUCGGCAGGAGCGCCGCGAUUGCGUACGAGGCCAGGCCGCGGGUGCCACUUGUCCAUCUCGGCCAAGAGUCUCAGUCAGGCAGCGGAGGAAAUAGGCAGGAAACACGCAAUUCUGGGGCACGCCAGCCCUCCCCGUCAGAUUUCAAGAAGAGCACCGCGCCAGACGAGGGCGCGAGUGUCGGAAUCGUGCAGCACAAGGCAGUCUGGGGUGAGAUUGAGCAUCCUGGCUGGUCGUCGCCUACCUCCCCAGAUCUGCCUGACCUGCAAUACGACACCGUCGUCCAAGAACUGCCCAAUUUGAUCGAGGCAAAGGCUCUCACGCUCGCGCCUCCGGAUCCAGAGUCCCGGGCUGUGCCCCCCGAACUGGAUCCGGAUGCAAUCGCACUUCUUCAACGACCAGAGUCCAUGGGCCUCCGCGAGUAUCUGAUGCAUCUCACCGAUCUGGCGGUCCUGGCACCCCUCCCCACAACAGCCGAGUUUCUCGCUCGGUACGAGGCUGCGCGCUUCUCUGCGAGACCGUUGUCCAACGAGCAGUUCCGCAACCUGAUGCACCUCUUCGCGGAGAUCUUGCGGAACAUGCAUCCGCUCAGCCCUACCGCGCUGGCAAGUUACGUGGAUGGCGCCUCGUCGAGCCGCGAGUCUUCGUACAGCGACAUCGAUAACGAUGCGCCGCGCGGCACGAGCUCGUCGAGUUCGGCCACCUCCCAAGGCUUGCACCGAGAUGAUGGUCCAGACAUAGCACGCAGAGACAGCUCGAGCACGGCAAGCUCAAAACACUUGCGGCCUGGAUUAGGGUUGCGCAACUCGUCCGCUAAUACAUGGCAGUAUCGCACCGCGCCAACGACGCCCAAGAGUCGACAUACCGGUCUGUCGAGGGCAUCUAGCUCGGAGAGCUUUGCGCACACAAGACUCCCGUACCCGGCUAGCCAAGCUUCCAGCGCCAGCGUACGGUCGGUGGGAAGCGGAUCUGUUAUCCGGCUGGCCGGGAGCGGGGAUGCGACGGAUCUGCCCUAUGUCCUGACAUACUCGCCGAGCCAGUAAAUCAGUCAAGGCGUCGCUACCGCCGUCGCGUUGGGAGCCAACCGAACAAUUUCAGGGGCCAAGGGAGAAAGCUGUGGUAAAGGAUCAAGAUGGAAGGAUAACAUAUAUUGAUUAAUGCUAAUCCAUUGCAAUCCACGGCAGUCUGUGAUGUGAGCCUUCCAACGGACUGUGCACAUUAGGGUUGGUCCAGUCGGACAGUUUCAAUUCCCAGUUCCACGAUGAAUGGUAC